AUGGCCGACUCAACAUCAGCACCCACCGCCACAGAUGGCACCACAGCUGCCCCAAAAGUUGACAUCCCCUCCACGACCCGCGCCGGCUGCGUGGUUAACCCCGGCCCCGACUUCUCCGUUACCCUCAAAGACGACAUCAAAACCCCCAGCCCAGGCCCCAGCGAAGUCCUCAUCAAACUCACGCACACCGGUAUCUGCUACUCCGACCUACACUAUAUGCUCGAGGACCUCCCUUCCCUGCACAUGAAGACUCAGUAUGGCAUCGACUCCCCCGGCCACGAAGGGAUCGGACACGUCGUCGCCUUGGGCUCCAACGUAGCGAAAGAAUCCGUGCCUGAGAUCAAGCUUGGCGACCGGGUCGGGCUGAAGCCCGUGUGGAGUAGUUGUGGGAUGUGUGAGUUGUGUUGCGACGAGAGGGAGAUGUAUUGUGUCAAGUCGGUGCAGACGGGAUUGCAUGUGGCGGGGACGUACCAGCAGUAUGUUCUGGGGAGAAUGGAGCAUGUAGUGCGGAUUCCGGAUGGGGUGGACGGGAGCGUGGCGGCGCCGGUCAUGUGUGCUGGGGCGACGAUUUAUCGUGGGAUUACUGAGGCUGGCCUCAAGCCCGGUCAGUGGGUUAUCUUUUCCGGGGCUGGUGGUGGUGUCGGGCAUAUGGGUGUUCUGUAUGCUAAGGCGAUGGGCAUGCGUGUCAUCGCUAUUGAUGGCGGCGCUGACAAAGGCAAGAUGUGCCUCUCUAUCGGCGCCGACCACUUCAUCGACUUCCUCGAGACCCCAGAUCUCGUCUCUGAAGUUCAGAAGCUCACCGAUGGACUAGGCGCGCACGGGCUGAUCGUUACGGCAAGCAGUUCCAAGGCGUACGUGGGGGGACUGGCGCUGUUAAGGACGUCAGGCGUGAUGAUGUGCAUCGGAAUCGUACCUGUUACGGACAUACCCAGCGUGGCGGACCCGUUGAGUCUGUUGGGCGGGAAUAAGAAGGUCAUGGGGACGAUUGUGGGGACGAGGAGUGAUGCGAGGAAGGCGCUGGAUUACUGUGCGCGGGGACUGGUUAAGCCGCACGUCACGGAGUACUCGUGGUCGCAGUUGCCGGAAGCCGUGGACAAGCUGCGGAAGGGUCAAGUUGCUGGACGAUGUGUUGUCAAGUUCGACGACUGA